UCCCAGCACCAAACUGUCAUUCAUUUGUUCGCUUCGUGCAGCAGCUUCCAGAUCUUCGAGAUUCUGGAUCAGAGAUCCCGGGAGGUUUAACUACCGUGUGUUCUUAUCGUUCACCAACUAGCAGAGAAUGGCAUCAGGAAGGUCAUCAAUCUACCAAGAUUUGUCCGAGAUUUAUGAUAAUGUUAUCAAUAAGGAGCAUCCUCGAAAGCUGAUACCGGAGCUAUGCAAACAAUUUUACAACCUCGGCUGGGUGACUGGUACCGGCGGCGGUAUAAGUAUUAAGCUGGACGACGAAAUAUAUAUUGCGCCUUCCGGUGUACAGAAGGAACGCAUCCAACCGGACGAUCUUUUCAUACAGAAUAUCGAGGGAGAUGAUCUGCAAACACCGCCGGAUUACAAAAAAUUGACCAAGAGUCAGUGUACACCACUGUUUAUGCUUGCGUACAAAGAGCGCAAUGCUGGAGCCGUUAUCCAUACGCACAGUCCUGCAGCGGUUAUGACAACGUUGCUUUGGCCAGGAAAAGAAUUCCGUUGCACACAUCUGGAAAUGAUAAAGGGUAUUUACGAUUACGAGCUAAACCGCAAUCUUAUGUACGACGAAGAGCUUGUGGUGCCUAUCAUAGAGAAUACGCUGUUUGAAAAGGAUUUGGAAGAAUCGAUGGCAAACGCACUGCGGGAAUAUCCCGGCACUUCGGCCAUACUCGUGCGUCGCCACGGCGUAUACGUGUGGGGCCACAACUGGCAGAAAGCAAAAACAAUGGCGGAAUGCUACGACUAUCUAUUCUCGCUAGCAGUGGAAAUGCAUAAAGUAGGCCUGGAUUCAAACGCCGUACCGAAACAAUACUAGAAUGAGGAGUUCUUUCCAGCUUUAACCAAUCUCCUCAACUUCCUCGCGAAAAGCGUCCCUGAUCCGGGUCGCCUGCCCGCCCGCCCGCCCGAGAUUAAGAAGAUAAACACUGAAUCAACACAGACCUGCAUGGUAAUCGAGUAGACAUUAGGGUAUUAGUUGUUAUCAUGGCCUAUCCAUGAAUUGUUUUUUCACGGCGCAUUUCUCAAAACAUUUUCAAAACUUAUUGUUUUCUCUUCUUUCCAUUUUGUUGUAAUUGAAUGCACAACCACAGGGAAAUAUAUAUACAUAAAUAUUGCUAGCGCUUUACAUUACAGACACGCAUUACGAAUUCAUCGAGGUUUUCAGGUACAAGUGAUAGAUUGCGCGUGUUUUUUGUACGACAUAUUAGUAGGAUUUUUUGAGAAUAAAAAAGCGCGCUGUUGUUUUCAGCACCACAUCCC